AUGAUGAGGGAAGACAAAGUUAUAGACCGUAACCAUAAUCUGAGCGUCAACGACAUUGAUCUCUCUCUGCUCCGUAUCACUUCUCCUCCACCUUACUACGACUACUCUCCUUCCCCAUCAUUGUUACCCGCCGAUGAAAUCACACCUCCGUUGAAACGCGCCUCCCCUGUUUCCGACGACUCCGAUCAGUCCAAACGAAGAAAACUCUCCCCUCAAGAAGAACCAAUCUUUAUAACCUCUCCUCUUCUAUUCACUUCCCGGGAGAACAACCAAUCUUCUUCCUCUGUCCAUGACCCGAAUCUCACAAGCCCUGUUUUGGAGAAGCAAGAUACGACGCCGUCUGCUUCUGAUACAGAGACGAUGAACAAGGUUAACCAUUGCGUAGAGGAGAUGAAUCGGGGAGAGGUUAACUAUGCUUAUGAGCAAGAAGAAGUGGAACAAGAAGAAGAAGAAGAAUGUGGAGGAGGGAUGAGGAUAGAGAGAUCAGGAGAUGGUUUCGUAAUUAGAUUGAAGUGUAGAUGCAGACAAGCUUUUAGGGUUCUUUUCUCAGAUCAUCACCUCUACUUCAAGCCUCUCUAAGCUUCUUCACAUGCACUUUUUGUGUGGUGUGAUUGAUUUAGUAUCUGCUUCUUCUCAUUUGUUUGCCAAGUGUUUACUUCUUUUCUUUUUUUUUUUUGGUUGAGGACUUUGUUAAUAGUGAGAUUUACAAU